CCAUGCUCAAGCUUAAGGGCAGAAGGCAAAGCCUUUUUCCCAACUAUAAACUUGGGGUCACAGUCCCUGCUCCCAAAGAUCCAGAGGACUCUGACCUUCCUUUCGGUCAGCACAAUUGGGUAAAACCAUGGAAUUCGAUGCAGGAGUUAAGUAAGGAUAUUUACGACAUCUAUGCAGAGUAUGAGGAUGAUGAAGAGGAUCGACUGUUCUCCACUCCUAGUAAACUGUCCUCUCCGGUUAAGAACUACAUGCUUAACCUCAAUGUAGGAGGCAAGGUCUACCAGAUCUCUUACAGGGUAGCAGCAAAGUAUCCCAAGACAAGAAUUGGCCGUCUCGCAACAUAUACGGACCACAACAGGAAACUUGACCUCUGUGAUGAUUACACCGUCCACAACAAUGAGUUUUUCUUCGACAGGGACCCAGAUGUCUUCCACAACAUCUUUAACUUCUAUAGGACUGGAGUUCUGUGGAUAAAAGAUGAACUGUGUCCACGCAAUUUUUUGGAGGAGAUCAACUAUUGGGGUGUUCGUAUCAAGAACACCCAUCGCUGCUGUCGAAUUUCAUUUGAGGAACGGCAGGAUGAACUCAACGAACAGCUGAAGGUGCAGAGGGAACUUGAAGCAGAAGUGGAGACUGAGGAACAUGAGGACUUGUUUCAGGAUAUGGCUUUUGGGCAUACACGUUUCCUCAUUUGGAACAUGAUGGAGAAGCCCUUCUCGUCAAUUAUAGCCAAGCUCAUGGCUGUAGCUUCCAGUUUCUUCGUGCUGGUAUCACUUGUGGCAAUGACGCUCAAUACGGUAGAGGAAAUGCAAUACAUAACAACCACCGGACAACUAAGUGGAAAGACCUACUGCGAGUAUGUCGAGACUUUCUGCAUUGCAUUUUUCACCAUGGAAUACCUGCUCCGGCUCGUGUCCACGCCUGACCUCAAACGCUUUGUGAGAAGUGUGUUGAAUGCUGUUGACUUGAUUGCAAUCCUUCCAUUAUACCUCCAGAUGGUUCUAGAGUGUUUCGAGAGCCAUGACUACUGGAAACAUGGUAGCGAUAUUGAGACAGUAGGACGGGUCGGUAAAUUGGGCCAAGUUCUCAGAAUCAUGCGUCUCAUGAGGAUAUUUCGUAUCCUUAAACUAGCACGCCACUCUACUGGACUUCGAGCAUUUGGCUUCACGCUUCGGCAGUGUUACCAACAAGUGGGCUGUCUGUUCCUCUUCAUUGCAAUGGGAAUCUUAACAUUUUCGGCCAUGGUGUAUACCGUUGAGCAUGAUGUGCAUAAAACAAACUUUACCAGCAUUCCACACGCAUGGUGGUGGGCAGCUGUGAGCAUCUCCACCGUGGGCUAUGGCGACAUGUUUCCAGAGACCCAUCUGGGCAGGAUUUUUGCAUUUGCAUGCAUCUCGUUUGGAAUUAUUCUCAACGGCAUGCCGAUCUCCAUUCUGUUCAAUAAAUUCUCAGACUACUAUUCAAAACUAAAAGCCUAUGAAUACACCUCCUCUAUAAAGAAUCGUGGGAAAGUGAGGUUUGUAAAAAGGGCUGCCAAGAGGUUUGCAGAAUGUUUUUAGAACGCCAUGUGCUGACCUACUCCAUCCUCCUACAGGCUGAUUUUUAAUUCAUGGACACGGUGGCCUGCCUUUCCAAAAAUUCACACCAAACAGACCACCUAAGUAUAACUGUCCUCACACAAAUUUGUCAUUGCUGU